UUGCCAGCAGUAAGAUGCAGCCGUUGUGGCUCCGAGCCAGUAGGGAAAAGACGACGGUUCUCAUCCUUGGAUUUUGUGUUUUUCGACGAGGAAAAAAGGAGGGGAAGUAACCGGCGGAAUCGGAUCUUGAUCGAGGGAAAGGAUAAGGGAAAGUCGGCGGCUCUGGACUCCAACGGCGGUGGUAGGGUGCCAACGACAAGGACUCAGCCGACGACGUGGGCUACGCCGGCGGGAAGAGAGCGCCACCGACAAGAAUUAUCUGUCUCCAAGUCUUCGGCUCAAUCACCACCAAUUCCACAGCCGCGGCAGCUAGAGGCCGUCUCUGCUUGCGAUUCCGAAGGCGAUCAGUCCUCAGCCGCACCGCUUGAUCGCCUUCGGCACUAA